AUGAAAGGAAAUCUGGUUGCAGACGAGGUGGUCACAGUGGAACACGAUGACGUCAACGAGGGCGUGCUCGUAGUUUCAGAUUCCUAUCUGGGCGACAAGAACAGUCAGACACCAAAUGAAGAUUUAAGAAAUGAAGAACCAGAGCAAUCUCGAGAACAAGCACCAGACAGGAGUCAGUCUUCAGAGGACAAACCGUCUGAUGACGACAUUCCUACUAGCUCAGAAGUGACGGUUUCGGCACGGGCCAAAAAGAGAAAGCCACAGACGGACGAACAAUACAAGGAACAACUUGCAUCUUACAGACAGAGUGGGCCCCGAAUAAAUACUGAAGAUUGGCUCUAUGACGAUUUACAGCCCUCCGAUUUUCAGAACAGCAGCAAGAGUGACCGUGUCAGACUUUUGCAAGCGGUAGAAAAGGCAUAUUUCAAACAGGACUACUUGCGAUGCAGACAGUUGAUAAGUUUGGCACAAGCAGUAUUUGGCAUAGAAGAUGAAGAAGAAGCCAAAGCGGCAUGGGAUCAAAGCGGAAGAAAGGUAAAGAAAAGUGCAAAGUUGGAGAGACAUGUAAUCGACUUGUUGCACAUAAAGCAGAGAUUGGACGAGAUAGAAAAGAAGGAUGAUUAUUGA